AUGACAACAAUUACAACUUUUACCUUAUCUCACAAUUCAUACAAAUUUGCUUUUACUCUCUCUCCGAUAAACUAUGGCUACUGGAAGACCAUGAUUGAACCAUUUCUGAUAAAAAACAACUUAUUUGGCUAUAUUGAUGGCUCUAUUCCUUGCCCGGCUUCCAUUGUUAUCACAACAUUUGAAUCCUCAUAUGUGUUCAUAACCAAUCCCAACUAUCAGUCUUGGAUUGCAAAAGAUGAACACGUUCGUAUGAUCAUUAUAUCAACUAUCCCUAAAGUAUCGUUUGCCCAUGUUCAAGGAUCUACUGCUAAAGAACUAUGGGACUUCCUUGUUCGAGCCUAUGCUCCACACAUUGUCUCUAAGGAAUAUACACUUAAGACUCAACUUCUUAAGCUGCAAAUGAAAGGUGAUGAAACACCACUCGCUUAUCUUAGUCGUGCACAGGAGAUUGCAUAUGCUCUUGCCAACAUAGGUGAACCGGUAAAAAACAAAGAUCUUGUCCUGCACGUGAUAUGUGGCUUGCGCUAUGAAUAUAAUGGAUUUAAAACAAAUAUUUUGGCUUUUCCAACUCCUUUAGCCUUUAAUGAGCUAUAUGGUUUGCUCACAGACCACGACUACAUGGUUACAGAACCCCCACAACCUACUAAUGCUACAACCUUUGUCACCUCCACCACUCCUGCUCAAUCACCUUAG